AUGCAUGCGCGGAAAGUGUUUUGCGAUGCGUUCGGCCUUGCGUGCGAGGCAAAUCCGCGGCUCAAAUACGCUUACGACGAGCUUGUCAGUGAUGAGCAGCUGACUUUGAAGGACGUGUAUGAUCUGGAAGGCGUGAAGCCCCUCGGUAUGUAUGCGACUUGCCCUGAACCCUCAAUCGCACUCACCGAUCCCCUCUGUCCCUCAUUUGCUCCUCUCCAUUCCCUUUGCCCAUCACUCCAUUCCCUCUGUCCCUCCUUUGCUCCUCUCCAUUCCCUUUGCCCAUCACUCCAAUCCCUCUGUCCCUCCUCUUCUCCUCCGCUGCUCCUUCCAUGCCCAUCACUCCCCCUCGCAUCCCAUUAUUUGGCAGUCAGAGGUGGGCUGCUGCGAUGGCAUGUGGAUGACGAGCUGAACCGCCCUUUUGCAACGGGGCUGUUUGAUAUCAUCAUUCGGAAUGCGUUUCACAAGGGUGUUGGUGGUUCUGCGACUGUCAUCAAGGCUUUCCACAUUGCAUACAUUCUGUAUUUGGUACCCCUUUCCCUAUACCCACAACUUCCCUUUUCCCUUCCUCCCAACGCCACCUAUGUGCCUCUGUUGCCCCUUGUGCAGGCGCAGUCACUCCAGGCCUUCCGCUCACCUCCUCCUCACCCUCUUCCCUUCCUCCCAAACCCACCUGUGUGCCUCUGUUGCCCCUUGUGCAGUGGCAGUCACUCCAGGCCUUCCGCUCACCUCAUCCUCAUCCUUUACCCUUCCUCCCAACCCCACCGAAUGUGCCUCUGUUGCCCCUUAUGCAGUGGCAGUCACUCCAGGCCUUCUGCUCACCUCAUCCUCGCCCUCUACCCUUCCUCCCAACCCCACCUAUGUGCCUCUGUUGCCCCUUAUGCAGUGGCAGUCACUCCAGGCCUUCCGCUCAUCUCAUCCUCGCCCUCUACCCUUCCUCCCAACCCCACCUAUGUGCCUCUGUUGCCCCUUAUGCAAUGGCAGUCACUCCAGGCCUUCCGCUCACCUCAUCCUCGCCCUCUACCAUUCCUCCCAACCCCACCUAUGUGCCUCUGUUGCCCCUUUUGCAGUGGCAGUCACUCCAGGCCUUCCGCUCACCUCAUCCUCGCCCUCUACCCAUCCUCCCAACCCGACCUAUGUGCCUCUGUUGCCCCUUGUGCAGGGGCAGUCACUCCAGGCCUUCCGCUCACCUCAUCCUCGCCCUCUACCCUUCCUCCCAACCCCACCUAUGUGCCUCUGUUGCCCCUUAUGCAGUGGCAGGGCAGUCACUCCAGGCCUUCCACUCACCUCAUCCUCGCCCUCUACCCUUCCUCCCAACCCCACCUAUGUGCCUCUGUUGCCCCUUAUGCAGUGGCAGUCACUCCAGGCCUUCCGCUCACCUCAUCCUCGCCCUCUACCCUUCCUCCCAACCCCACCUAUGUGCCUCUGUUGCGCCUUAUGCAGUGGCAGUCACUCCAGGCCUUCCGCUCACCUCAUCCUCGCCCUCUACCCUUCCUCCCAACCCCACCUAUGUGCCUCUGUUGCCCCUUUUGCAGUGGCAGUCACUCCAGGCCUUCCGCUCACCUCAUCCUCGCCCUCUACCCUUCCUCCCAACCCCACCUAUGUGCCUCUGUUGCCCCUUUUGCAGUGGCAGUCACUCCAGGCCUUCCGCUCACCUCAUCCUCGCCCUCUACCCUUCCUCCCAACCCCACCUAUGUGCCUCUGUUGCCCCUUUUGCAGUGGCAGGGCAGUCACUCCAGGCCUUCCGCUCACCUCAUCCUCACCCUUUUCCCUUCCUCCCAGCCCCACCUAUGUGCCUCUGUUGCCCCUUGUGCAGGGGCAGUCACUCCAGGCCUUCCGCUCGCCUCAUCCUCGCCCUUUUCCCUUCCUCCCAACCCCACCUAUGUGCCUCUGUUGCCCCUUGUGCAGGGGCAGUCACUCCAGGCCUUCCGCUCGCCUCAUCCUCACCCUCUUCCCUUCCUCCCAACCCCACCUAUGUACCUCUGUUGCCCCUUGUGCAGGGGCAGUCACUCCAGGCCUUCCGCUCACCUCAUCCUCACCCUCUUCCCUUCCUCCCAACCCUACCUAUGUGCCUCUGUUGCCCCUUGUGCAGGGGCAGUUGAGCACGGUGUUCAGCAUCACACCACCAACGGCAAGAAGGUUUCAACCGAUGCCUGCGUCAACCACGACCAGAUCCUUUUGCUUCACAGGAAGGUGAAGGCGGCGAUCAAGAAGUAUCUGGAUGACACUCCUGACGACCAGCUGUCGUCUUGGGAUGCGGAUCACCAGAGAUGGGUAUUCGGACCGACGGGCAACGUUGUCAUCUCGGGCAGUGGCUUUCCGAAUCACAUCCCCGACGGCGCAGAUCCUGACAAGAGGGACAAGGAGGAGGCGGAGAUUCUGGUGAAGUAUUGCAGGAUGCAGGCCGACAAGAUUGAGGCCAAGAGAGGUUGUCAGGUGCAGGGUGAUGGUCGUGAUGACGAGGAUAACGAGGUAGGCAAUUGGAUGGAUGAAGGGGAUGAUGAGUAUUGA